AUUGUCAAUGUCAGUGUCACUCCACUAAUGUCAGUUGGUUGAUGUCUGAUGAGAAAGCUGCAGAUUUCCUGGUUUUGUUAAAUUCGCAAAAGCCUGAUGAUCAUUGUUACCGUUCGUAAUGUCUAAAAAUGGGGCAUUCAAACUGUUCAUUUUGUCGUCCCAAUAAUAUGUAACUAAAAUCAGUGUUAAUUUGUGAUAGUGCACCUGAUGUGUCAGUAAACAUGUUAUCCAGAUUUCACCACUAUCACGGCUCGAACAUUAUUCUGUUUGAAGAGAACACAGUAGCUUAUCGGAAGGCUAGUUUUGCCCAUGGAUUGACUUUUAGUGAGAAGCCUCUGCUGCCAGGAGAAAUAUUUUUAGUAGAGAUCGAGAAAACGGAACGCGGGUGGAGCGGCCAUAUGAGGCUGGGUCUCACGCUUCUUGAUCCACAGACAGCAGCUUUAGGAGAUAAGGGCUUACCGCAAUAUGCGCUCCCAGAUUUGGCGAACACGGGUAUGUCCUGGAUUUUCCCUAUUUCAAAGUCUCAGAACAAUGUACUAAUUGAACUUGUAAACCAGGCGAGUGGGCGGCGCGAGUGCGAGCCCCGCGUAUCGGUGCUAGGCGACGGCCACAGCGUCAGAACGCCUCGCGGCUACAUAUCUAAAAUGGUUCUAAAACCACAAACUUUAUCUCAAAACGGCACACCACAAGGCAUACUACCUAUGGAUGCUGGCAGUCGCAUUGGUGUUAUGUUUGUUCCAUGCCCAAAGACUAGUAAAGAUGAACCGGACUUGGCUGAGAUGCAUUUUAUUAUUAACGGUGAAGACCAGGGACCUUGUACUAAAGCUAUACCAUACUCAAGAGGACCGCUGCAUGCUGUGGUUGAUGUUUAUGGAACUACAAAACAAGUGAAGAUUGUUCAACUUUAUGGAGUGAAAACUCUACAGCUAGUCUGCAGAGACGCAAUACUCCAGUAUGUGCAGGAUGGAUCUGUAAAGUCUUUGCCCUUGCCAAAAUGCAUGAAAGACUUUCUACUCUCAUAGAUGAGGCUAAAAGCU